AUUUUCAAGGUAUGUUCUGUUCUUAGCCAUAUUUUUCCUCCCUUAAAACAUAUAUCCUUAAUAUUUACAUUUUCAGUUUGAUUUUUUGUUUUAGAUCUUAAUUAUAUUUCUUUGUUAAUUAAAUUUCUUUGUGUUCUUAAUCUCGUCUUUGAGUAUCUUUAAUCAAACCCCGAAAUUUAAAUGAAUUAUUGAAAAAUAGAAUAAAAAGGAAAAGCCAAUGGUUUUAGAGAUGGAGUCUACCGGCGAAGUUAGAUCAACGGCCGGUAACGGCGGCGGUAUCACGGUUGUGGGAUCCAACGCGCCGUCAGAUUUUCACAUAGCUGCUAGAUCAGAAAGCUCAAAUCCAUCACCUAACUGCGUCGCUCCUCCACUACCACAGUCCCAUCACAUGAACCAGCUCGCCAUAGUAGCUCCGCCGCCGCAAAUUUCUAUGGCGGCGACGACGAUGAUGGAAGGUAUCUCCGGCGUACCGAUGAAGAAGAAACGUGGACGACCUAGGAAGUACGGUCCAGAGGGAGCAGUUGUGGCGUUAUCUCCUAAGCCAAUCUCAUCGGCGCCGGCACCCUCGCAUCCUCUUCCGGCGAGUUCACACGUCAUCGAUUUCUCCGCCUCUGAAAAACGCAGCAAAAUGAAACCAACAAACUCUUUUAACAGAACCAAGUUUCAUCACCAAGUCGAGAAUUUGGGUGAAUGGGUUCCUUGCUCCGUCGGUGGUAAUUUCACACCACAUGUAAUUGCGGUCAACGCCGGUGAGGAUGUAACGAUGAAGAUAAUAUCGUUUUCUCAACAAGGACCGCGUGCCAUUUGUGUUCUAUCAGCAAACGGUGUCAUUUCAAGUGUAACACUUCGUCAGCAUGAUUCAUCCGGCGGUACAUUAACAUACGAAGGUCGCUUUGAGAUAUUAUCAUUGUCCGGUUCAUUCAUGCCUAAUGACAUAGGCGGAACUCGGAGUAGAACAGGAGGAAUGAGCGUUUCUUUAGCAAGUCCUGACGGGCGCGUAGUAGGCGGUGGUGUUGCCGGUUUACUAGUAGCCGCAAGUCCGGUUCAGGUGGUUGUAGGAAGUUUCUUAGCAGGAAAAGAUCAGGAAGAUCAUUAACCGAAAAAGAACAGACAUGAUUUCAUGUUGUCGAGCCCAACCGCGUCGAUUCCCAUCUCUAGUACAGCUGAUGACCAGACAAUAUAUUCGGUCUCGUCUCUUCCAAGUUCCAAUCAAUAAUAGUACAUGGCAGACUUCUUUAGCUUCUGAUCCAAGAAACAAGUCUUCUGAUAUUAAAGUCAAUUUAACUUGAAAAAUCUAAUCUUCCUCUGUAUUUUUUUGUUCCUUACUAAGUUCAUUUCGGAUUUUCAACAUUAGCCAUUAUAAGUGUUCUACUAAACUGGUAGUUUUAAGGGUUUAAAAAGUCGUAUAAGCUGGUUCCAUUGUU